UUUUCUAUUUUUUCUCAGACGAUUACAAUUUCUUAUAAUCUUUAAUUUCUCGUGAAAAGAGUUCCGUUUGCUAUUGUUAUAAUAGUUGGUGUCAAAAUCAACUACAAUAAUUUCUGAACAACACUUUUUUAGAAGUUACAGGUUAAUUAGCUGUUUCUGCUAUCCACAAUCACCAUGUCUCUCCAAGAACAAUUCGACACCGCCGCCGCUAACGUCAAGAAGCUGAAGUCACUCCCCAGCGAUGCUGAUCUCCUUGAGCUGUACGCCUUGUUCAAGCAGGCUACCGUCGGAGACUCUGACCCCUCAAAGGCCCCCGGCUUCCUCGACCUGAAAGGCAAAGCCAAGUUCGAGGCAUGGAGCAAGCAGCGCGGAGUCUCCAAGGAAGACGCACAGAAGGCCUACAUCGCCAAGGUGGAGAAACUCAUCGCCUCCAUUGGCCUCCAGUAAACGACUGACAAUUAGCAUAUAAUAUAAUUUAAAACCUCUGUAAAAACAAACAACUUUACCAUAUUAUUUUUUGUAUUAAAUCAUGGAAAAUUAUCACGACUGGUUCGUUAACUGGUUUGGCAAAACGGAUAGAUAAUUUUGAAGACGCGGUAUUGGUCAUAUUACAGCUCUUUUACGAAUAAAAUGUUCUUGCAUUUAAUUAUUUUAUGUCAUCAUCUGCUUCGGACUGGUUUCUUGAAACUGCAGUACAAUAUCGUUGUCGAAAAUGAAGUUUAAAUACAGCACAAUAUGUAUAAACAGAGUAUUCCUUAUACAAUCGUGAAGGGCCGUCCGUCUCAUAAAUCAUUUAUUUAUUUCUUCGGUUUAGGCACAACUAGCUAGUAUUUAGGCAUAACAUCACAUAAUGUAAGGAUAAUAAGGACCUACCCUGUUCAAUUAUUACAUUCUUCCGUACUUUUUGGUAUGCGGUGCUGUUACAAGUCUUGUAUUUUUGUUGAAAAAGAUUUUUUAUACAUGAAAUAUAUCCGUUGGUUAUAAA